UGUGCUUUUAUCAUUAUGUGGUGUACUCCUUCUAUUAUGUGAUGUGCAUUCAUUAUUAUGGCGUGUGCAUUUGGUAUUAUGUGAUGUGCAUUUGGCAUUAUGUGAUGUGAAUUUGACAGUAUGUGAUGUGCAUUCAUCCUUAUGUGAUGUGCAGUUUUCAUUAUGGCAUGUGCAUAUAUCAUUAUGGCAUGUGCUUUUCUAAGUAUGUGAUGUGGUUCCGUCUUUACCGAAUGUACUUUUAAAGAUCAUUAUGCGAUAUGCUUUUUUCUUUACGCGAUGUACUUUUUUAUUCAUUACGUCAUGUACAAACAUCCUUUUGUUAUGUACAAACAUCAUUAUGUGGUGUGCAAACUUCGUUAUGAUGAUGUGAUGACGUCACACUAUCCGGGUCAUUUGGAAAAAUGGACGACAUUAAACUAAUUUUAAAAAACAUUGAUCUCCCAAAUUUAGCAAAUAACUUUGCGGAGGCAAAUGUAAACAACGUUGAUAUUUGCAAAAGUUUAAGCGAUGUAGAUCUAUCGAGGCUUGGAAUCGCCACGAUCGGCGAUAGGAUUCGUUUUAGGGAAGAGCUUAGACGCAUAUCACUUCCAUCUCAGAACAAUCAGCAUAACCAGCAUGAAAUACGAGCUUUAUUCAGACCAGUGAGGGGUACAUCUACAUCAGGAAGAAUUAAAAAGCAGAAGAAAAGAAGAACAUGGACCUGUGAAUUUAUUUGUCUGAGUGAAACAGAUGCGAUGAAAGUCCCAACAAGAGAGGAAAAACUUGCACUAGUUAAAGCGGGACUUGGCUCCAAAAAGAUCCAAUUUAAUGCAGAUGAUACAGAGGAGCUAUUUCAGCAGAAAUUGAUUGAAGAACCCCAGAAGUUAUGAAGUCCUUUGUGGGAUGUCAAAGUAAACUUUACAUCAGACCCAUACAACGUGCAUUGUCUCUUGAGGCCGACAAUUCUUUGUUAACAGAAGCUUCUGCUACCAUUACAGAAAAAUGUUGUCACUGUGAACAAAUAAUACCAAUAGAUGAACUCAGAGACCAUGUUUACACUUGUGUGCGAGAAAAGGAACUCUGUUCAGAUCAAAUUAUGAAUAUUGUGAUAGAGUGCUCCUCGCCCCAUGAAUCUCAAUAUUAUUCAGAUGAUCUCCCUGAUCCUGAAUUUGACAUUUAUAAUGCUGCCCUUACAGCUACAAAUAAUACUGAUCAAUUAACUAAUUCUGCAAUCCCAGUACCUAGAUCCAAUGAGACAGUACCAGUUUUAGAGCCACCAGUUAUUCCAUCCAGUUCAAUUGCAUCAACAGCAGAAAACUCAGCGGAAACGUCGAGAACGGAAGCUAGGACAGAAUCAUACAUACAGGAACCUAAUGCAGA